AUGGAUAAAAAGAUAGUGCACAAAGGGCCGCUGCCUAGAGGUCGCCAGGGCGCGUCUGGAGCUGACGCUGGACGUGACUGCAUGCGGGCCGCCAGCCGAGCGCGGCGUGCUACAAGACCACCUAGCAGCCCCCCGCAUCCAUCAUCCUCACCAGAAGGCUUGGUGUCGGCUGGGUCUUCUGGGACUCAGCAAUCGGCACCCGCCGCCAGUGGAGCACGUCGCAUGCGUUGGUCACAAAUAAUGAACGAUAAGGCACUGCGGGCGUCUUUUAGGGCAAAAGGGGAAGAAACUGGAUGUUUAGCGUUUCAGGCUCGGAUGCAUCGCUUUUUUGCAGAGCCGGAGCCAUCUCUAUCCGUCACUGAGCAAAACCUGGCAGACCGAGUUCGGUACAUCCUACGCUCCAACAUAUUUGGUUACGCCGAACUCGGACGACUACGACGUGAGGCUGUUCCCUCAUCGAAUGGAAACGCUACGGCUGGGAAUGCGGCGCCACUAGUUGUGCAGCAAACUGCAUGUGUGGAUGCUGCCGUCAAUAUUCCAUUAGUGGUUGAUUCAGACGAUGAUGGAAUCUCGAAAAUCGACCGCGACUUCCCCGCAUACCCCUUAGCAAGCGAAAUCGGGCUGUCAUGCGGGCUCUUAACCCACUGCUGGUGA